AUGAUAAAAUUACUUAUUUAUUUUUCCUUGGUGGUUGUAUUUUUUUUUCAUAGUAAAACGCUAGGUUUCAAAAAAAAUUCAAUAAUAAAACAGCAUAAUGUAUUUUCUUUUUUAACAUGUUAUAAAGACAAUUCUAUAAAAAACAGAAUUAAAAAAAGAAGGAAUAAUAAACUUUGUAGUAAGAUUUUAAAUUAUAAUAUAUAUAUGCCAAAUAAUAUGAAGAUAUCUAAUAUAAAUUUAAAAAAUAACGUAUUUCAAAUUAUUAAUUUCCCUUUAUCAACAUAUAAUAUCAUAUCGAUUGAUUAUGGUUAUAACUUUAUGGGCCUUUGUAUUUUGUGUAAGAAUAAGUACAUAUAUGAAAAGGUUUUUUCAAGACAUAAGAAUAUAUUAUACAAGAAAGAAUUUGAGCUUCCUAUAAAGGAGAAUGUGCAUUUAUUUUAUGUUGUUAAUUUUCAAAAUUAUAUAUACAACUUUUUUUCUUUAUUUCAUUAUCUGUUUGAAUUUAUUUACAACACUAACCUUCUUGUAAUCAUUGGUUCAAAUGGGUCUCAUAUGGAUGAAAUGGUAAGCGAUAUGGGAAAACAUAUGUGCUUUCUUAUGAAUGAGGAGAAAUCGAAACCUACUAAUAAUCUUUCCUUUGAUAUAUAUGAUGAAACAAUAACCUUUAAAAAUGACAAUAUGUCUAUAAAAAGUAAAAAGGAUUAUAUAGAAAAAUAUAAUUUCUCAGUGAAUGAAAAUAGUAUAGAACUAAAUGGACAAUAUGAAGAAGACAAUACAUUAAAAUUUUCUUUAAAAAAUAUGGUUACAAAAGUAAAAGACCAUAACAAUACAUUGUUUUCAAAAUUUUAUAAUAAAAAUUAUAAAAAUAGAAAGGAUAGUAUAUCAGCUUGUUAUUUAUUAAAUUAUUUUUUAAAAUACUAUGACAAUAAUAAGAAUGAAUUUUUUUUACCAUCAAAAAAUGUUCAUUAUAUGUAUCACAUAAAAGGAAAAAAAUAUAUAUAA